CUUUUCUGAUUUCUCUGUCCAAUUUUGAAUUUUUCGCAAUUUCCUCACUGAAUAGUGAAAACCUUGAAGCCCAAACUUAUACGGGCCUUUCAUUCUCACCUGGCUUUGUGACGAGAGUAAUUCUAUUCACAGUCAUUUAAUUAAAUAAAAAUAAAUCGAAAUUUAUCAACCAUAUCAAAAUUAGCCCUAGGAAAAAGCCAACAGGCAGGCUUGAAGAACACUGGAUGCGUAGACCAGAAGCUCCUUCCAGAUCCCCCACCACCCACGCUGCAGCCUCAGUUUUUCUGCUACCUCAAAUAGUCAAAUCUGCUUCCUCUCCAUUGGUGUAGACCGGAGACGUCGGCCACCUCCCUUAAGGUGUUAACAUGGAUGCUGGUAAACUCUUCGCUCUGAAGAAGAAGAAGGGCAAGACCCAAGCCCAGAAGAAGGACCCUUCGGUCCAACCGCCUGUGGGAGCCUUCUUCCAAAAAGAGGCUCCGGAGCUCUCUGCUGCGGAGGGAGACGUCGGUGUGGCGGAGGGGGCCACAAAAAAGAAAACGGGGAGCAAGGCGGUUGAGCCCCCGGCUAAGAAGCAGAGGGGGACAGGGGGCACUGUCGGCCACAAUGCCCCCUUGGUGAUCAUUGAGGAUCGCCCCUCUCCGGACCCCCCAGUUGAUGCUGCGACGACAGCCCAAACCAGUCCUCCCUUGAGAAGCCCCCCUCGGGAGAUCCUGCAGCUCUCUUUGGCCCCGAGGGCUUCUGUCCUACACGGCUCAGCGGAGCCGAAAGCUUUUCUGAGGGGGAUGACCUCGGUAAUGGACAAGGUUGCCCUCUCCACAUAUGAUGACGAGGCCCUCGAGAACAGGAUCCUUCGGUCUUCAUUAACUGCUUGCGUAGCCCUCGGGGAGCACGCACAGAGGCUUGAGCAAUGGCGCCUUCGGAAGGCGGAGCAGGACCGAGAGAUGAAGGAGCUCAUCCUGAAGAACUCCGAGGCCGUAAAGCAGAUGGCCAUGCUGGAGGAAGAUCUCCGGAAAGCUGCCGAGGGCAAAGCUGCAGCGGAGGAAGCCAGGCUUGAGGCCGAGAGGGAAGCCAAGAAAGCCGCUGAGGAGGCGGAGAUUGCUAAGGCCGAGGCCAUCGCCAAAGCCCGGGAAGAAGUUGUUGCCGCCUUCGUGGCCGAGGGCUGGAAAACCGAAGACAGGCGGCAGUGGGUGGCCUCGGUCGUGGAGUCUUCGGUUGAUGACUGGGUGAAGGGCCCCGGAGCCGACUGGAUGGCAGAAAGGGGAGACAGCUAUUACCAGGGGGCGAGUUCUUCACCCAGCAUCUGGUGUACCGGAGGCUCGCCAGGCACUUCAAAGUCCCUCUCGAGGAAUUCGACCCCUCGGCGUACGGCCUUCCUGCUUUGCAGUCAGAUGUGAGAAACCCCCUCCCCCCGGGCGAAGAGAGGCCUGUGAUCCAUGACUCCAUGAUGAUGGGGGGAUCCGGCGAUGGUGAUACCGAGGACGCCAUCAGGGAGGAGGUCACCUCGAAGCCCGCCGAGGAGGCAGCAGCUUGAAGAAAACACUUGUAGUUGAUAGCUGUUUGAACACUUUUCCUUUUUGUUUGUAAUGUUUGUGUACUCUCGGCCUCGGCUAUAUUGUAACAUAUACAUUUGAAUUUCCUCUUUUUGACGAAUGAAUGAUUG